AUGAUUGAAUAUAUGGAAUAUGUGCUGCGACAGUUCGAGAGGACCACUAGCUGGGACAGGGACUACAGCUACGAAAAUAUCACGGCGACCAGCGACAACCUGCUGCAGUUCGAGAUUCCCGACUCACUGAAUCUGCAGAUAUCUAACCAGUCGACCCCCAACACUUUCAACACGUUCGAGCUUUCCAACCGGAGCAUCAUCAAUGGAUCGCUGUCGUACUUGUACACCGAUUGCGGUCAGCUGGACAAGAUCGUGCAGAACUCGCUGAAGGUGCCGCUGCAGCAACGGGUGGACACAUACCAGUGCCUGCGACCAGGGCGUACGCUAGGUACAAGCUUCCGCAGCCAGAUGCUGCUUUACGGGCGCAUGUACUGGCCGGGCUCGAUUCUGGAAGCCAUGUACUGUAAGCGGCUGACGCCUCAGAGCCAACUGGUGCUCAAGAGUCUGCUGUCUGCUGCGGGGGAGUCGAGUAUUCUGACGCUAUACUGGCAGCGCAACGCACCAUGGGGCAGUCAAGACAUUGUAUUUUCUACGAAUGAGCUGCUACUUGGGUACCGGUUCCUGCAUAACUUGUCGCCGGGCAGGUCGCACGAAGGCUCGCCGCAUGGUCAGUCUACGCUAUCACUGGGUGCCGAGUUCUGGCUCGGGAUCAGCAACCUUCUUCCAGGCUGUUCCACUGCUCUGCGUUAUUGCACACAUGCGACUAACACCGGCAAGCCGAUCACUUUGACCUUGUCGCUUAACCCAUUGUUCGGGCACAUAUCGUCGUCCUAUUCUGUAAAGUUCUCACCUGGAACCACUUUCUGCUCCAAGUAUGACUUUAAUGUGUACUCAAUUGAGUCUAAUUUGUCGUUUGGAUGUGAAUUUUGGAAAUCCAGUGCAGCCGCGCAUAAGCAGGCUACCAAUGAGGAGGAAACUAGCAUUGAGGUGGCCACUGAAACACCAGUUAGUGAUCCGCGGUACUGCGGUGCCGUUCCAGGCGCGCGGUCUUUUGACCAAAUUCGGCCAUUCGCGGAGCUCCCGUCGGAUAAUCAGUUGUACCACCAACUCAUGAUGCCUAAUUCUUCCAACGCAUUAAUUGACAAUGUAAACUUGCCAUUUCCCUCUCCGCUCCUUCGAUACCCACCCGAAAAAUCAGUGACAGAUAAGUUCGCUGCCAUGAUAGACGCAACACAAUUUACCAGUGUUCUUAAGAUGAGUUCUAGUCUCAGAGACAAAAACUUGCGACUAUUAUGGGAGGGCAAGUAUAAGGGUUUCUUGGUAUCUGCGGGGGCAGAAUUGACAACCAUACCUUUGGAAGCCCCGAAGACGAUUAACGAAAUCACAGCACAGCAGGUACCUAGGCCCCUAUGGUUACGCCCGGCAAAAUUCGGAAUACAGAUUCAAUAUUCCACCUAA